CGUGAUCAAAUGCUGAAUAAUAAUCUGAAUUCAAUGCACAACACCUGUUUGAAACCAGGGAUCAAAAGUUCUAGUCAUGUUCACGAAGCCCUCCACAGCAUUGGCUUGUUUAAAGAUCAUGAUCCGAUCUCGAGACGAUUCCACCCUCUUAUCUGUUCAUCUCAUUUGUCCACGAAGUUGAAUCAUUCUUAUCUCUGAUAGAAUCGUUGAUAAGAUCCUGAGUUUGGUACGAGGAAGUUAUCUGGUUAUCAGAGAGAAUUCAGAUUUCUUUUUGGGGUUUCGACAGUCGUAAAGGUCUCAACUUUUUUUAUAUUUUCGGGAGGUUUGAUUGGAAUGUUUCUUAGAUUUCCUUCGUUUCUAUUAAACCCUUUUUUCUGGAGUUUCUCUAGAAUCUCUCGAUUUAUUACCAUAUCGGGAGAAUUUGAGGAAACCCUAAAGACGAUUUUGACCAAUAGUACUGCGGCGGACGUCUAACUCGAAGAAAAGGGACGCACACUGUCACUGAGGAUGAUGCUUAGAGUAUUGCAGAAUCGGACCAGAACUUCUGUCAACUCGAGUCCCUCGUUCCGACAAGGUUUUUUGAGCUCCGAGUCAUGUGUACGGAAGUUCUGUGGAGCCGUACGAGACGGUCCGAAGGAUGAAGGAGACUGGUUUUACUCGUCGGAGUGGUGGGAACCUGAUCACGGCGGCUACACGGUUUUCCGGUCAAACUCCGACAAAGGAAACGGCGUCGUCUCCGUCGUCGCACACCCUUCUUCUAGACCUAGCCGAGAUUCAUGGGCAGAGACAGAACGAUGGCUGGGGCAAAGGUAUAUGGAGAUACAGCCGAGAGAUGGAGGGAAUGAACGGUUUAAGAUACUCGGAUAUCAAUGGCGAUCACUUCAUUUCAACGAUGAUACUCGGCAGAGCACCGUGAAAGUCAUGGCUGCCUGUAUGGGAUCGCAACCAGGUUCCGUCUUCUUUGCUCAACAGCCUCAUUGCCUUGCUCUUCCUUAUGUGAGGAGCAUGGUUUCGGUGGGGCUGACUACUCUUGCGGCUUCUAAAUAUGAUUUGAAGAGUGCAGCCUGUGGGAAAAAACCGCUGAAUAUAUUGUGCAUUGGUCAUGGCGGAGGAAGCUUACCUCUGUUUCUUGCUAGUCAUGUUCCUGGAGCUGUUGUUACCAUAGUGGAGAUUGACCCGAUUGUUAUCUCAGCAUCAAUUCGGGCAAUGGGUUUCCCGGCAUUUUCUGUGAUGACAUCGGAAGGGCAACACUCAUUACCAAGCCCUGACAUUACUGACCAAGUGCUGUGGCGAGACAUCCAUGAGAGACUCCGCCUCUACGAGUCAGAUGCCGAGGAAUUCGUCCUAAAGGACAAAACUGUAUACGAUCUCGUCUUCAUGGACGCUUAUGACGGAGCAGACAUCUUUUCCCACAAGCUCUGGGACUCGAAUUCACUCUUCAUGAAAGCUUUGAGCGAAAGAUUGCAUCACGGGCAUGGAACCCUAGUGGUGAACCUCCACUCGGAUUCAGACGUGGAAGAACAAUACAAUUCGAAUCACCACCGCAUAAUCAUGGGGGGGAAGUACACGGGGAAAGUGGGCGAAGCCUAUAGGAGAGGCUUACUGGGCGGUGACAAGAACGGGUUGGUGUUUGCUUGUGCUGUCCCGUGGCUGUGCAACAUAUCGCUAGUCGUAAGCAGAGGUCUGAGAUCAAAGGGUUUCGGUUCUAUGAACAGAGACACGGUUAUGAACAAUCUCAUGAACACAUCCUUGGAAGUAGAUCAUGUUCUGAGGUUGCCAUUUUCUUGUUGGGAACACUUGAAAGCCGGUAUUGCUGUUCUUGAUUGACCUUGUAGUACUCUGACAUUCCUUGUUUUGUCUGAUCUUGGUUUUUGUGUUCUUAAUAUAUGGGCAAA